AUGUGCCCCACCGCCGCCACCGAUGACCGGCCAGCCAGAAUGGAUAGCCCAGCCCCUUCCCUCACUCCGCCGGCCACCGGCGCCGGCUUUUCACCGCAGGAAAUCACCCACGCACCGCCGCCGGCGCCGAAGAAGAGUUUGGGUAUGAAAAAACCCAUCGCGUCCAAGCCUCCUCCAACCGCUCCAAUGGCCUUCGGGGUGGCCACCGCCUCUCCGGCAACAGAACUUCGCCCUCGCGCCGCAUCUACCGGAGACAAACCGGCUCGAAAGUCGACGGCGGCGGUGCUCGCCGAGGCGGCCGCAAAGAAGAUGAUGAAGAAGGCCAAAGCGGCGCCUCGUUUUGGGCCGACGCCUCGUGCUGCAACUCCGGUGGCCCCUACGUCCACUGCUCCAGCGCGUGCGGCGGCCGCAGCCGGCAACAAGCAUCACGGCUGCCAAGUGCUCUAUUAA